ACUAACUCCAUCAAACGGAAAAAAAAAUAUGUCGAACCGAAACGCGACUGUUGAAAACGCUCUCCUGUCUUUCUUCCUCGCGUUUGCAGUCAUGGCCAAAACUGUGUUCUCGCAGGAUUGCCAAAGCACUGGGUGUCCAGGCCUCAAAGAGUGUUGCAGCUCGUGGGGUUCCUGUGGAAUCAAAGAUGACCAGUGUGGCUUUUGGUGCUUCAGUGGCCUUUGCAAUCUCAAAAACAAAUCAUAUGGAUUCGACUACAACGUCAGCGCCGGUCCACGCGGUCCAAUAGAGAGCAUUGUCACACCAUCGUUGUUCAAACGCAUCAUGAGCAAAGUAGGAAACAACUGCCCGGCAAAAGGGUUCUACACUCACCAGGCUUUUAUCUCGGCGGUUAAAUCGUUCCAAGCCUAUAAAGGAACGGUGGCUAAGCGCGAGAUAGCAGCCAUAUUGACUCAUUUUGCCCACGGAUCUAAAGGCUUUUGUUACAAAGAAGAUAAAGCGACAGGGAGGUACUGUUCUCCGAGCAAGAAGUACCCUUGUGAACCGGGAAAGCAAUACUAUGGUCGUGGUCCGCUUCAGUCAAUCAGAUGGAACGAGUACUAUGGUGCAGCCGGCAUAUUCCUUAGGUUGCCUAUGUUGAAAGAUCCGGAUAUGGUGGCUCAUAGCCCGGAAGUGGCUUUCAAAUUGGCAUUGUGGUUCUGGACCACAAAUGUGCGUCCAGCUUUGUACUUAGGAUUUGGAGAAACCUCGAAAAGAGUGGACGGUCGACUAUGCGAUAACUUACAUCCUGACGAUACUAAGAACUUGGUUAAGCAAUACGUGGACUUGUGCAAGAUCCUUGGGGUUACUCCUGAUGAAGCAGCUAGCACUCACUGAAGCAUAUAAUGGGAGAGUCAGCCUCAUUUGACGAUUCGAGAGAGAUAUUUUCGUAUUUUCAUGAGCUUGUAUGACUAUAUGAAUUUGAAAUAGUUGUUUUUGGAUCCCAAUAUAUGAGAUAUAUUUUAAGUGCACAUUAUAUU